CGUGUACAGGUGGGGAGGAUGUUGGGAAAUGAGCCACUAGAGCGCACCACUUGGCACGCUAGAGGGCGCUGCUGUUAUGGAAAUAUAAACAGUGGUUGCGAGAGAGGCUUGUUUCAGCUGGUCCUCCACAUCUAUGGUUAGUUGAUUAGAGUUUGAUGUGUUGUUUUCCACAAAAUAAAAUUAAGAUGGACAGAGUCUUCAACGAGACAAAUUUAGAAUUCGAAGACCAAUACAUCCCUUCCGGAAACUGGUUCCCCACAACCUAUGACGAUUCAAACAAGGAAUCUUUCUUCUCAGAAAACUAUGCCAUCACCAACUUUGAAAACGUUCCUGCCACCGAUCACCAGUUUUGCCACAAUCACGAUUCAGCUUCAAAUGACGCAAGACUUUUUUCUCAUGUGCCCAACUGCGAUCCUCCAAAACAGAUGACUAACAGCAACCCAGACUUAAAAAUGAAUGAUCCGUUCUCCGUUCGCUGCCGAAUUCCGGUUCCAGAUCUUGUUCCAGUAUCGAAUUACCAAUUGUGGCUGGAGACCUCGUUCAUGUGUCGGCGGAAUGAAAGGGAAAGACAGCGUGUUCGGAGCGUGAAUGAUGGGUUCUCAAGACUGCGCAAUCACCUUCCACGAAAUGUACAAAUAAAACGAAGACAAAGCAAAGUCGAAACGCUGCGACACGCCAUCAAUUAUAUCAAACAAUUGCAAACGCUUCUCGAUAAUAAAUCAACAGAAGAUGCGAAAAAGUAACCUAAGAAAUUAUUGACCAGGCGGUUAACUACACCUUAAUGUUCAACACCUGUCGAUGAACCUGUGACUUGAAUUUACAAGUAGAAAACUAGUGAUUUAGUGAUCUUCAAAAGAAGAUAGUUUUUAACUUUCGUCAUGAACUGCUCCGAGGCAUCAAACAGACUAUAAACAUCAAGAACCGGUCAUGAUCGCUCGUUAUAGGUCAUGUAAUCUACAAGAUGUUACGAACAAUUUGUUGAUUUCAUAGUUAAGACCUUCAAUUUACUUUAUUCACUAAGAGUAGUAGAAAAUCACGGUUAUCUGUUAUUGUACAUAAGAAAUUUGUUAAUUCUUAUAUAAU